CCGUCCCCCCCCGCCGCCGGCCACCGCCACAUAAUCCGCGGCCAACUCCGCCGGCAGCAGGAGACGGUUCAUGGCUCGCGCCGCGGCUCCACCAUCUUCCAGGCUGCCGGGGCUGCUGCUGGCGGUCGAUCAACAGAUAUGGUCCGGAAAAAGAACCCCCCUCUAAGAAACGUUGCUAGUGAAGGUGAGGUACAGACCCUUGAGUCUACAGGUACUGAAAGCGAAGAGUCUGGAAGGAAAAAAGAAUUUUCCGCAGAGCAGAUGCAAGAAAACACUGACCAGGGUGAUGCGGCAGAGUUAAAUAACAAGGAGGAACUUUGCACGCAUGUCCAAGAGCCAUCUUCCAGCAUUAAAAAGGACUUGAAAAGCUCAGUGCUGAGUGAAAAGGCUGGCUUCAAUUAUGAAAGCCACAAUAAGGGAGGAAAUGUUCCAUCCUUCCCUCAUGAUGAGGUGACAGACAGAAAUAUGCUGGCUUUCUCAUCUCCAGCUGUUGGGGGAAUCUGUGAGCCCUUGAAGUCUCCUCAGAAAUCAGAUGCAGAUGACACCCAAGAUGUGGCCCGUACCCCGUCAGGAGAUGCAGCGGAGACAAAUGAGGAGCAUCAGAUGUCGCCAAAAGCUUCAGAUGAAACAGUGCAAGUGCAAAGUGGUCAAACCGAUGGCCAAGGCUCAAGCCCGGUCCCCAUGGCCUCAAAAAACCCACAAGUGCCUUCAGAUGGGGGUUUAAGGCUGAACAAAUCUAAAGCAGAUUUGUUGGUAAACGAUAACCCAGAUACGGCGCCUCUGUCUCCAGAGCUUCAGGACUUCAAAUGCAACAUCUGUGGAUAUGGUUACUAUGGGAACGACCCCACAGAUCUCAUCAAACACUUCCGCAAGUACCACCUAGGCCUGCACAACCGCACCAGGCAGGAUGCUGAGCUCGACACUAAAAUUUUGGCUCUCCACAACAUGGUGCAAUUCAGCCACUCCAAAGACUUCCAGAAAGUCAACCGCACUGUGCUUUCGGGGGUGCUGCAGGACAUCAAUUCCCAGAGGCCUGUCUUAUUAAAUGGGACUUAUGAUGUGCAGGUUACUUUAGGUGGAACCUUCAUCGGAAUUGGGCGGAAAACUCCAGAUUGCCAAGGCAACACCAAGUACUUCCGCUGCAAAUUCUGCAAUUUCACCUACAUGGGCAACUCGUCCACUGAACUAGAGCAACACUUCUUACAGACUCACCCAAACAAAAUGAAAGCAGCCCUUCCCUCCUCUGAUUCUGGUAAAACUUCAGAGAAAAACUCCAAUAAAUCCAGUCCUACUCUUCGACCAUGUGAUUCUGGAGACUUGGGGAAGUGGCAAGACAGAAUCACUGUAAAAGCAGGAGAUGAUACACCAGUUGGAUAUUCGGUGCCCAUCAAGCCAAUAGAUUCCUCUAGACAAAAUGGUACCGAUACAACCAGUUACUACUGGUGUAAAUUUUGCAGUUUCAGCUGUGAAUCGUCCAGCUCAUUGAAACUAUUAGAACAUUACAGCAAACAGCAUGGGGGAAGCCAGUCAGGAAGCCAUCAUCCAGAUCUGAAUGAUAAGCUUUCUAGGGGAUCUGUCAUUAACCAGAAUGAUCUAGCCAAAAAUGCAGACGGGGAGUUAGUGACAAAGACAGAAAAGGGUGCGAGUGUGGCAAAAAAGAAAGACUUGACUAGCAAAGGAGCAGAGGACAGCAUGGUGACGAGCUACAACUGUCAGUUCUGUGACUUUAGGUACUCAAAGAGCCAUGGCCCAGAUGUAAUAGUGGUGGGCCCACUUCUCCGUCACUAUCAGCAGCUACACAACAUUCAUAAGUGUACCAUUAAGCACUGUCAGUUCUGUCCCCGAGGCCUCUGCAGCCGAAAGCACCUUGGAGAAAUUACUUAUCCAUUUGCUUGCAGAAAAAGUAAUUGUUCCCACUGUGCUCUCUUGCUUUUGCACCUGUCUCCAGGGGUGACAGGAAGCUCUAGAGUCAAACACCAGUGCCAUCAGUGCUCAUUCUCCACUCCCGACGUAGAUGUUCUCCUGCUUCACUAUGAGAACGCACACGAAGCCCAAGCGUCUGAUGUCAAACCCGAAACAAAUACCCUGCAAGGGGCGGACGGGCCGCUGACUCUCAAAGAGAACAAAGAACACUCAUGUACCAAAUGUGACUUUACCACCCAGGUGGAAGAAGAGAUUUCCCGACACUACAGGAGAGUACACAACUGCUACAAAUGCCGUCAGUGCAGCUUCACAGCUGUUGACACUCAGUCACUACUAGAGCACUUCAACACUGUGCACUGUCAGGAGGUGGACGUCACUACAGCCAAUGGGGAGGACAGUCACAGCGUUUCGUCUAUCAAGGAGGAGCCAAAAAUUGACCUCAAGGUCUACAGUCUGAUUAAUCCAGACCCCAAAAUGGGGGAGCCCAUAUCUGACAGCAUAGUCAAGAGGGAAAAGAUAGAAGAUAAGGAAGUGCUUAAGGAGAAGGGUUGGACUGACAGUCCCGCUGAUGAUCUUCGUAACGUGACCUGGAGAGGAACAGACAUUCUGAGGGGGAGCCCGUCCUACACACAGACCAGUUUAGGCUUGUUGACCCCCGUGUCCGUUGGCCAAGAGCAGCCAAAGCCUUUAAGGGAUAGUCCGAACGUAGAAGCUGCCCAUCUCGCGCGGCCCAUUUACGGCUUGGCGGUGGAGAGCAAGGGCUUCCUGCAGGGCGUGCCAGCCGGAGCGGCGGAGAAGGCCGGGCAGCUCACCCAGCCCUACCCUGGAUCCGGGGACGGCAAGGCAAAGGAUGAAUCCCAGUCCUUGUUACGGAGACGUAGAGGCUCGGGUGUUUUUUGUGCCAAUUGCCUGACCACAAAGACCUCUCUCUGGCGAAAGAAUGCAAAUGGUGGAUAUGUAUGCAAUGCGUGUGGCCUCUACCAGAAGCUUCACUCGACUCCCAGGCCUUUAAACAUCAUUAAGCAGAACAAUGGUGAGCAGAUCAUUAGGAGACGAACAAGAAAGCGCCUUAACCCGGAGGCACUUCAGGCUGAGCAGCUAAACAAACAGCAGAGGGGUAGCAGUGAGGAACAAGUCAAUGGAAGCCCCUUAGAAAGGAGGUCAGAGGAUCAUUUAACUGAAGGUCAUCAGAGAGAAAUUCAGCUUCCCAGCCUCAGUAAAUAUGAGGCCCAAGGUUCAUUGACUAAAAGCCAUUCUGCUCAGCAGCCAAUAUUGGUCAGCCAAACUCUGGAUAUUCACAAAAGGAUGCAACCUUUGCACAUUCAGAUAAAAAGUCCUCAGGAAAGUACUGGAGACCCAGGAAACAGUUCAUCAAUAUCAGAAGGGAAAGGAAGCUCAGAGAGAGGCAGCCCGAUAGAAAAAUACAUGAGACCUGCAAAACACCCAAACUAUUCACCACCUGGAAGCCCUAUCGAAAAAUACCAGUACCCACUCUUUGGACUUCCGUUCGUACACAAUGACUUUCAGAGUGAAGCUGACUGGCUGAGAUUCUGGAGUAAAUAUAAGCUGUCUGUUCCUGGGAAUCCACACUACUUGAGUCAUGUGCCUGGCCUACCAAAUCCUUGCCAAAACUAUGUGCCUUAUCCCACCUUUAAUCUGCCUCCUCAUUUUUCAGCUGUCGGAUCAGACAAUGACAUUCCUCUAGAUUUGGCGAUAAAGCAUUCCAGACCUGGGCCAACUGCAAACGGUGCCUCCAAGGAAAAGAGUAAGGCACCACCAAAUGUAAAAAAUGAAGGUCCCUUGAAUGUAGUUAAAACAGAGAAAGUUGAUAGAAGUACUCAAGAUGAACUUUCUACCAAGUGUGUGCACUGUGGCAUUGUCUUUCUGGAUGAAGUGAUGUAUGCUUUGCAUAUGAGUUGCCAUGGUGACAGUGGACCUUUCCAGUGCAGCAUAUGCCAGCAUCUUUGCACGGACAAGUAUGACUUCACAACUCACAUCCAGAGGGGCCUACACAGGAACAAUGCACAAGCUGAAAAGAAUGGAAAACCUAAAGAGUAAACCUUAGCACUUAGCACAAUUAAACAGAAAUAGGUUUCCUUGAUGGGAAUUCAAUAGCUUGUAAUGUCUUGUGAAGACCUAUAAAGCACUUCAUAUAGAGAGCAUGCCUUAUCCAAUAUUAAAUCCCUUGUUCUUUUCUUUUUCUUCCUUUUUCUUCUUUUUUUUUUCCCCUCCUAAUUUUUUCUUUUAAAUGAGUGGGUUACCAAGAAAAAAAGAACAGUUGGAUGGUGGCCAGAAGGGGGAGAAGAUAGUGGUAUGGGACAUGGCCAACCAAAGCUAGCCAGAAUGCAGUGAAUCAUGGCGAUUAACUUUGAGAAAAUUUUACCGGACAUUUAAUACCUUUGCUAUUGUGUAAGAGACAUAACUGGCAAGAGUGCAAAGAUGUGUAUAUGUAUAUACUGCUGCAGGGGUAUAGUGAACAUAUGCACAUUGUAUAUAAGAACUAGACUUGUUAAAUAUACAGAUGUUAAAAGGUCAUUUUCUUUUCUUUAAUUUGGGCUAAUUUCUGCCCUACAACAUGCCUUAGGAUCACCUUUUCCUCAAAGCUUUGGCAGCAAUUUCACCUAGAUGUUUCUCAGACUCAGCUGAUUUUUAGCUACCAUUUUAUCACUACAUUCUUUCUAGCACACUUUAGUCUAGGAAAACCAUUUUUUGCAAGUGAAGUCUCUAAUACAGAAGCCACACUCAAGGUUUAAUUUGCAUAGAACAAGGUAACCUGCUGUAUUUUAUUUUAAUAUAUUUUAAUAUAUUGCGUUUCUAAACCUUAAAGUCUAAGGUUACUUCUCCACAGGCUUAACAUUGCUAUACAUACCAGUCAAUCCCUUCAGUAGACUUAUACCAGCUUUUGCUAAGUAGCAUUAAAUGUCUUCAUAGUACUUUUUAAUACUUAAAGCUUUGUAAAAACUAUCCAUGAAGGGAAAGCUCCUCAGCAUAACUGCUCAGGGAAAUAGGGCUAAAUAACUAAAUAUUAAAUAAUUGGUUAAAGGUGCUGUUAGACGAGCCUCCAUGCUUGCUACAAGGGUGUACAAGAACUGACUUUAAUCAUUUUCAUUAUAGUGUCCCAACCAGUAGUUUAUUAUUUUGCCACAGGGAUGUAGAAGAUAUUACAAGCUACUGGAUGCACUGUCAGAUUAACUUAUUUCAUUAAAGAAGUUGGGAGAACAAAUAGAAAAAACCUUAUUUUUCUAGUAAAUAUUAAUGUAUUACAUUUCAAAUAAUGGUGCCUGACAUAUUGAAUAAUUAUUUUCUACAGUGUACGUAUGCAACAAAGAUAUUCCAUCAUGCAUUAGAGUCAGUUCUGGCUCUGCCUCGCUGUUUACAUUUGCAAAUGUAGCAAACAAGGUAAUGAAGCAACUAUUUCUAUUGCAGUAGGUAUCUUUUUUUCUGUGUGUGUGCAUUAAAGUUGUAAACGAUAACAUGAAAUGAAUGAAAUUUGUUGAUAUUAAUGGUAUGGAAAAACAAGAAGGAAAUGAAAAUAUUUUUAUGCCUACUUAGGAAAAAAAGGGUAGCACUAUUCAUUCCAAGUACUUUUGUAUUCUUAAGCUCUUAACUCACAUUGUUAUGCUUAAAAUGAUAAACAUAUAUCCUCUUUUUAUUGCUUUGUCUGUGUUUCAGAAGAAACAUUUCAGAAAUUAUUUUGAUAAGUGCUGUUUGACGAUGCAGCACUGAUGUUUUAUUGCAUUCUGUAGUAGCAUUGCACUCCAUUUUUACAAUAUUACGCAGUUGCUUUUUUGUUUUGUUUGGGUUUGUUUCUUUUUCGCAGUGCAGGGUCUUAGUUCCUUAUGGUUGGAUGGCAGGUGUAGCUCAACUGGUUCAUGAAUGUUGCAGCGAAUGAAGUUUAAAAUGUCUUUCUGAUAUUAUGUUGUCUUUUAUUUCUCCAUUCAUGCAUUUUAUUUUUUAAAAUGUUCUAUAAAGAUAUCUCUGGACUAAGUCCUCACUUGAGAUUAUAUGUAAAGGGUCCUAUUCUGAUCUCACUUACAUGCCGCCUUUCUCAGAUUUUCAUGUAAUUGAAACUAAAGCAUCAUAAAAAGAAAAAAAAGUUCUUGUAUUUAACUUACCUGAAUCUCACCACUCUCCCUUCUAGCAUUUGGUGCACUUAUAAGAUAGUUAACCAGAUAGAAAGGGAGGUGGAAGAUAAAAGAAGAGGUGAUAGGAAAUGUCUUAUAGGGGUUGGCAAAAGGAAAAACAGGGAGGAACUGGCCUAAACAUUCAGCACUUUGAUAGUCUUUAGAAAAAUGAUGUGCCUAAAGCAGCCGGCAAUGACCAUCACCAUGCAUGAGAAGCACUUACGCAGCUGAUCUCCAAAGGUCUUGCUGACCUUGGCAGUAUUUUAGGUGUUACAUUUUCACACAGAUGAAACAUUCUUGCACAGUUUCUCUGAUUUGUUAGGCACAGACAGGCUAUUGUUCAGCAUUAGGCUUGCAUUCCUUCCUGCUCCACACAUUGCUUCUAUACUGGUGAGCAGCAUAUGGAAAAUCCCACUCAAUCUGUUCGUGGUUGAGUUCUAUAACCCUUUAAUAGUGUUCUAGGUUAGCAAAGGAUAUUGGGCCACAUUCUUUUUCUUCUAUUUUUAGAUGAAUCUCCUGCUUGAUACCAGUGCCGGACAAUGUCUGGUUAUGUUUUUACUAUUGUUCUCCAGUAAUAAGUUCUGACUUGGUUUUUGUUGAUUUAUUUUUGUUGGGUAUUUUUUGUUUCUGUUUAUUUCUGUGGGGACUGAAAUAGAUUGCCCUCGUUUUGUUACGUCAGGGUCCAGUGUGUGUCCUUUUCAGCUUUUCCAAGAAAUGUUAGGCUCACUUAGCAGUAAUUUUAUUGGCUUCAGAGUUAGCUGCCUGCCGGUUAUCAGUAGUUACUGUUUUGACUUACUUCUUCCAAGACCUGCCUGUGGCUUCUUCAUGGAUGGAAGCUGCAUCUUCAUGGCAAAAUAUUUUAUGGGGGACAUGCGCAUUAUAAAACUUGAGCACCACCCUGUACUUCAUAAUACCUCUUGUUACUCAGAAGCAAGAGGCCAACAAGGAGAAAUGCACCCACCAGGGUUUGGGGAUGAGAAGAAAUGAAAUCUUAUGAGUGCAAAGAACAAGACAGAGUUUGGGAUAUUAAUAGUACACCUAGAUGGUGCAAAUAAAAUUUGAGGAAAGUUCAUUGUUCUUGCCAUGACAUAUUGAGAUGUUCUAAGAUUUGUGCUUUGUAAGAAAUGGGAUUUUGCCAUAGCCUGUUCUCUUUGAUUGGGAUGUGGGGAGCACAGUUUUGUUUCUUAACAAAAGAGAGGUGGUUCCAUCCCUUUUCCAGACUCCUUCACAAUGGAUAUUAAGCAAAAGGAAAAUAAAUCCUGGCAUUGAAAAAGAAAAAUCUCGUGUAAUAACUCUCAGGUGGAAACCAGUGUUAGCACGCACAAUUAAUUACUGCACCCACUGCAUUUGGAUCAAUGUACAGCACUGAAAGUUUAACUUCACGGAAUCAUUAUUUGUACUCAACAACCCAGUGUCUUCAAGGUGUUGCACUUCUCUCACCAGUGAAUGGUUGUUGGAGAUCUGAAAAUGUAUCUCAGAUUGGAUCCCAGACUAAGCAGAAGCUUCAAAAACAGAGAGCAUGCAGUAUCUAAACUUGCAAAGGAGGGCAAAGUUUCCAUUUUCUAAAGAAUGAACACUGUACAGUGGCAACCCUCAUGCAGCAAAUCAAACUGUCCUUCAGCUAUCACUUUGUGGCUCCUGCCCCCUAGGUUAAUGCAGCAGGAGAGGAAGGUUUUCCAGAGCACAGUUUGAGUAGUUCAGGUGCUAAAUUCAGCACUUACCAACAGAAGUUUUGCACCUAAUUGCCUCUGUGCUGAUGAAACUCCUCCCUGAAGUUUUCGUGGACCAUCCGGAAAGGUCAGGGGUGGGUGAGGAUGGCACUGGAUAUACUGCAUCUUUGCUUUGGCUAAAAGAUGUACUGGUGCACUUGUGUCAGUUUUAAAACAGAGAACGCAGAGACAUAUCAGUUGAGGCGCACUGAGGGUAAGAGAUUGUGGUUUUGGUUUUGUUCUUUUUUUUUUUUUUUUCACCUAGAGGGAGAGCAGGACAAAAGUGACCAGUGCUAAUUGUAUACAGUGCUGAAAAGUAGUGGAUGUGCAGUGGGGAGACCUGAUUUGGCAACUGUGGAUAAGUGCUCAGUUCAGGGACAGACUUUCAAGUCCAUCUCUGGACGGGACAGCGUUGCUUUGUAGUCAAAACUACUUGCUUUAUGCGCUGAGGAUGUUGUCUACUAUCUGCUUUUUGCCCAGGAUGUAUGAAUAUAUUCCCAUUCUUGCUCCUGUAUUGAUUUUUCUUGGCUAAAUUAACAUGCUAAUUCCUAAUACUGGUCAGGAAAAGCCAAAGAGAUUAGAAGGUCACUUCUGUUCAGCCAGAAGGGUAGAAACAUUUCCUUCUGCUUCUGUGGAGACAGUUAUGCUUGGCAAAGGAUAGCGAGUAAUUUGUCAACGUAUCCCAAAUGUGAUAGAUAAGUAAAAAAUCCCUUCUAAACUUUUUUUAUAAACUUAAGAUAGGCCGAGUAGAAUUUCCUCACCCCGGAAUAGGAUUCCUCCUUACCCUCUCCCUCACAAUUUUCUUUCAUUCAACCAGCUCUGGAAAGCUAGCAGUUGGUGAGAUGCUACCUAUACAAUAAUCACAUAUAAUCCAGAUUUACCUCUUUUUAAGAGGAUAAAAGACAAUAAUUUAAUGGUUCCCAGCCAAAUAAAUACUUUUUUUUUUUUUUUUUUGAGUACACUUAGCAAAGUAAAAUGCUUAGAAUUAGCAUUGUAGCAGCAACCACAGUUUUCUGUGCUGUAUCCUAUCAUUUUGGUCUCUGAGCUCUGUGUAGAAGGAGAACAGGAGAAAAGGAAACAUCUCAAAAUGCCAUUGUAAAUUUAGCAUAUAGAAAAUUCACCAGCAGGAAAAGGAGA